UAGCUAACUAACCAUUCUGACUGUAUUAAAACGUCGCGGCUGUAUUGUUUAUGGAGUCUUUCAAAUGUCGCCUCACGGUAUAAUGUACUCAUUUAGCCUAGCGACGAUAAACAACCGGCUUGCAGGUCGUUAUCCAGGUAGAAAGGUCCCACUGCUAUGUGUUGUUCUUCCGGGUAACAGGAGAACCUCUUCUCCGUAAAGGCGUCUAGUGCGGUGGGGGUCAAAAGCACGACAGUCGCCUUAUUUAUCAAACAUUCAUGCAAAAUUCGGUGUUUUCUUUGAUUAGGCUACAUGAUUGUUCGCAUCCAAAUAUGUCAAGAUUCAAGAUUAACUUUACUUUCCCACAAAUUUGGUAGUUUGUCUUGGGCUCUUCACUCAUGCUGCAGCCAUUAAAUACAUACAUUAAAUACAUUAUACAACAUGCAACAUAGCACAUAAACACAUAACAAUGAAAAAAAAUGAAAAAAUAAGUGCUAAAAAUACCUGUUCAAAAACGCAAAUCAUCAUAAUCCAGUGUCUGUUCUGGCUUUAGCUGCCAUCGUGUAAAAGCUUUAUAGACUCAGGGAUUAAUUAAUUUUUAUAUCUUUUCAAUCAGUAGCAAGGCACUCCAAAUCUUCUACCAGAGGGUAGCAGCUCCUACUCUGUAUGCAGGCCAUAAGAUGAGUCAUUGAUGAUCUUACUGGCUUGACUUAGAGUAGCCUGUUCAUAAAUAAUCUGCAGGGAUAUGUGCUCUUUAAAGCCACAGUGAUUUUCCAUGCGGUAUGGAUCAACCAGAACAGUUGGGUUUUUAACUGCACAUAGAGGUUACAGAACCAAGCUGUUAUACUGUACCUGAUUAGACUCUCUAGAACAGCCUGAAAAAUAAAAAUAUAAAAUCUACAUUUUUGAUCAACACCAUGAACUCUCAGAUGAUGUAAAAUAUCAGAAUCAAAAGAAUCAGAAUCAGAAUCUCUUUAUUGUCAUUGUACGAGUACAACGAAUUGAGGUAGCAGCUCUCAGAUAAAUAAUAAAGAUAGACAUUAAAAAUGAGGCAGCAAAACAACAGCUAUAGAAAUAUAAAAAGAAACUAUAAAUAAGAAAUAAGAAAUGUCACUUAACUGUACAAAACCAAUUACACUAGUAUUCAGAUUUACACUUUUACACUAGUAUCGUUGCAAGCUACAUCCAUUAGUCCCAGUAGAAGGGAAGGAUAAAACCAGUAGAACCCAACCCAGUAUAUUAUAUGCAACAGUGAAAAAAGACAGGAAUAUUGCACAGACAGCAUAAUAUUGCACAGGUGGCUGUAUAUUGCACAUUAGAGUAUUUAGUGAAUAUUCAGGUGUUUUCAGGAUUGUGCAGAGUUUAGUCUGAUGACAGCUCUGGGGUAGAAGCUGUUUUUCAGUCUGUUUGUUUUUGCUUUGAUGGUCCUAAAGCGCCUCCCUGAGAGCAACAGCUCAAAUAGGUGGUGAACAGGUUGGGAUGGGUCUCUGAGGAUGCUGUGGGCUCUUGUGUAUUGCAUGUAUUGUAAAUGUCCUCAAAAGAUGGAAGAGGGCAGCCAAUGAGCUUUUGGGCAGUGUUAAUGACCCUCUGCAGUGCCUUUCUGUCUGCUGCUGUGCAGCUGGCAAACCACAGCGAGAUACCGUGGCUCAGCACUGUCUCCACAGUGCAACAGUAGAAGGACACUAACAGUUUCUGUGUUAAGGUAUUCUUCCUCAGCAACCUUAGGAAAUAAAGUCUCUGUUGUGCCUUCUUCAGCUGUGCCGUGGUGUUUGUUGUCCAUGACAGGUCCUCCUUGAUCUAAGUGCCCAGGAACUUGAAAUCUGAGACUAUCUCCACUCUGUCCCCAUUGAUGACAAUAGGCUGAAUGUCAGAUUUCCUCCUCUUGAAGUCGACUAUCAGCUCUUUCAUCUUGAAGGUGUUGAGGAUGACAUUGUUCAUGGAGCACCAUGCUAACAGCUUUUUCACCUCCUCCUUGUAUGUAGUCUCAUCUCUUCCUGAGCCCCGCUACGGUGGUAUCAUCCGUGAUCACCCGAUGACAUCACUCACGUCACGAAAGACGACCGGGAAUAGUUGGUGUUUACCAUCGUGUAGUGUGUCAUGUCUGUCGGCCAAGUCACGGCACGGUUUUAUGACUUCACAAUCGUGUAAUCCUUUAUCAUUUCUCCCUCUUGCAUGUUGCUCAUUUUCAGUGUGUGACUGCAGCGUGUGCAUGAGAGGGGGAAGGGCUGCUGAGUGCUCAGAGAGGCAAGCGGAGCAAAGAGCUCUCUUCAGAGCUCUCUUCAGAGCUGCUUUUCUGAUGUAAAACAAAAGUUUAUAUGCUCUAAAAAAAGAGAAAACACUGCAUGUCUUGCAGUGUGACUAUCGCACAUGUGCACAUCACGAUGGUGAUGUUCAAACGAUAUAUCGUGCAGCCAUAGUGUCAACACAGUGUUUGAUAUAGCACAGCACAGUUGAGGUGUACACUUCCAGAGGGGUAUUCCAGAUAGGAGGUUCAACAAACUCCGAGUCUAAUCCUGAACUCUGAGAUGACUUACCCUGAGAUGGGAAACUCUUGAGUAUCUGGUUCCAGAACAGUUCAUUUGAAUUAGUUCAAUCAACUCUGAGUAGGUACACCUUGAGUUAAGCGCGUUCACAACAACAACAAUAAAAAGCCAUCAUCAGUGGAGCCCCGAUACCUCAAUUCACCAUGGCAACCAGAGAGAAAAAGCGAUCAAUUUAUUUUACACCUGUGGAAUUGGAGGUGCUCAUGAAUGCCCUACAGCGAAUAUGAACAUGUAUAGUUACCGUUAACAAAAAACGUAGGUGGUUAAAGUCGCCUGCUGUGACGUGAACUGCCUCUGGAUAGGUGUUCUGUUGAAGGCUGAUGGCAUUGUACAAGUGGCUGAGAGCUAAGUUAGCGUUAGCAUUUGGUGGAAUGUACACAGCAGUCACCAUGACAACAGUGAACUCUCGUGGAAGAUAUGUGGGUCUGCAUUUGACAGUCAUAUACUCCAGGUCUGGAGAGCAGUGGCUAUCGAUGGUCGUAGUGUUUGUGCACCGGUUGUUAUUCACGUAAAUGCAUAACCCCCCUCCCUUGCUCUUAACGGAGUUACUGUCUCUGUCAUGGCGGUGGGCUGUGCGGUCUGCUAACUCAGCCAGGUCUCCAUUAUCAGCAGAAUGCAACAGUCCUGGACGAGCCUGUUUGCUGCAAUCUGUAGCUUCAGCUCAUCCAUUUUAUUUGCAAUGGAUCUGGCAUUUGAGAGGAAGAUGCUGGGAAGUGGUAGUUUGGGACGCCAGCCUGGCAGCCGCGUUUUUGUUUCCUCUCCUUCCGCUGCUUCCUCCUCCUGCCCUCAGGGAUGACGAUCCACGGAGAGCCCGGUGUUCUGGCUAUAUCCUGCAGUAUGCUGUGCAAUUGGAUAAAGUCAUUGUUUACAGAUUGUUCACUCCAUAAUCCAGUGCUUAGGAGAUCUGGGUGACUGUAGACAGGAUUUGCAUGACAAACCGCAUUAAUAAAAAACAACAUGUACAAAAACACUGGAAACGAGAGGAGCUACGAGCCGCUGCGUCUGUGCGUGCCGCCAUCUUGUGGUAUGCAGCCAUUGUUGUAAUCUACUACAGAGACUUUCAACGUGUGUGAUCCAGGUCAGUUCCAGGUUGUCAACAAAGUAGAGGUGAGUCCGCAUACACGUUUUUGAGAUCAUAAACAGUUAUGAAAAAUUAGUACACGAAAAAUGUUGUUUUUUUUAGGCGGGAGGGGGGUGAUACUAAUUGUUGACUAACUGUGAUAGACCAACUCUGCUCGAAGAAUGAGGAUGCAGAACUGACGUCCGUGCAGAAGCACAUUUAUUUCUCCUCUACAGCAGGAAAACAUAACAUAACAUAACACAGGGCCUUCUCACAGAGACUAUGCUGUAACUGGAGCCUAUCUCAACACUGUAAACAGACUGUAAACAGACUGCAACCACCCGUAGCACGAACAGUACUAUUUUCACGGUGCAUUCCCGUCCGUACACUCUAUACGCCGCUUUACUUCCCACAACAUCUACUACGUCACACCCACAUGACCACUGUCUUAAAGCGAAGGGCUGGCCAGUAACAACUAUGAAUAUUACAAGAAAUGGUGUGAGACCAGGUUUGGCAACAGGCCAGUAGCCUACGUGCUCCGUUCUAUUAAAACGGCAUGUUGGUGAAAUGGCCCGUUCGGUUGGUAUUCUGAUAACUGGGGCUUUACUGGUAUAAUGCAAUAGCACCACCCAGCGGUGAAACCCGUGUACACGUUUACAUGAAAAAAAUUACCCACUCUAAACGUUUAGAGAUUUUUGUACACUCACCCCUACAACAAAGACACUGAGAUAUUUAUGUGAUCAAACCUUCUCUCAGGUUUGUCUAAUAGUUCAAAUGUGUCCAAUGUUUGCUCUGACCUGCACUGGCUGCUGUUGAAUCUGUUUACUGUGGGAAGAGGGAAUGCACAUUCCAGCAUUAUUUUAAACAUCUGCAUGUGUGUAUUAACAGCUUUGUAUUAUCCCAUUUAAAUGUGUUCAAAGGGUUGAAAUCCAGUUUUUUUAGAUGGAAAGCCACUUCUUUGACUCCAAAUAGGCCAUGAAGAACUUUGAUGCGCCCUUGUCCUGUUGGAGAAGAUGCUGCAUAAUUAAACCAGUUUUGAUCCAGAACAUUCCUACAGGGGAACAGUGCCUGAGAUAUAUGGACUAGGGGUGGGGGGAGAAGUUGAUAGAGCACAGUGUCACAGUAUUUUGUGUUGCGAUAUUGUAUCAAUACAAGGAUGCCAGUCCACUAGAUGGUGUGCAUGUUUUUUUUUCCUGGUGAGGUCAGCAGAGUUCUCAGUCAGCAGCAUUUGGCAGGAAGUUCAUCAAAACAAAGAUGGAGGCAAUGGAGAAAGAAAUCAGAAAUGCACCACUGGCGUUCAAAUUAAGCGUCUGGAAUAAUUUUGGAUUUCUUAAUAUGGACGGAAAGGAAGACUUGCAUGUGGGACAUGAACCUCUUCCCCCAACUGUGGGAACAACCAUGUUCGGACGAAGAGUCUUAUACCUGCCUGGCUUCUUCUCCUAUGCACAGCACAUUGUGAAAGUGGAUGGAAGAAGAGGGCUCUUCCGCGGCCUCUCACCUCGAAUUGUGUCCAGUACCAUCUCCACUGUUGUCAGGAGCAAAGUUAAACAGCAGGUGGAGGUUUUCUCCAAGAGAGAUGACCUGCAGAUUUCACUCAGGAAAGUCGUCAGAGAGACCUCACAUGAGAUGAUCAUCCAGUGCCUGUCCAGAGUAGCCACUCAUCCUUUUCAUGUGAUGUCAGUGCGGUGUAUGGCCCAGUUUGUUGGCAGGGAGCUCAAGUAUGGGGGGAUUUUCAGCUGCAUUGUCAAGAUUUUUAAGGAGGAGGGACUUGCUGGAUUCUAUGUUGGUCUCGUACCUCAUGUGGUGGGAGAGGUCCUCUUUCUGUGGUGUUGUAACCUCCUGGCCCACUUUAUUAACACCUACGCUGUGGACGAAAAUUUCAGUCAGGCCUCAGCAGUAAGAAGCUACACUAAGUUUGUGAUGGGUAUUGCAGUGAGUGUUUUGACAUAUCCAUUCAUGCUUGUGGCUGAUCUCAUGGCAGUCAACAACUGUGGCUUGGCUGCAGGUCUUCCUCCUCACUCUCCCAUCUUCAAGUCAUGGCUGCACUGCUGGAAUCACCUGAGCCACAAAGGUUACCUCUUCAGAGGAUCCAGCUUCUUUUUCCGUCGGGUGCCUGUGACCUCCCAGCCCUGCAUUGAGGACUGACAUCAUUUUCAUUAUCCUCCUCACCCUGCUCCCAAACAUUUUCCAAAGACACCACCCUCCUGCCUGUCAGCCUCUGCUGCUGUCCGCUACACAGAGACUCAGCUGACAGAGUGCCAAUGAACUUUUCCCUCCAGGAGCUUUAGUGGAGUUCAGUGGGCUCACCACAGAGGUGUCUCUCUCACAAUGGAUUCAUUCAGCUGUUUGAAUCAAUUCAGCAACUACAGCAUGGUUUUGUUCUUGACUGCAGUGACCAGAUGUUGGGAAUGUGCUCCAACUCUGAUUCAUGGCUACUUCUCUGUAGCAACAGCUGCUGAGGCUCAUGGGUACUGCAGUCAUUAAUGCUGUCACACAAACCAAACAUUUACAGCUGAUGGCCAUGACUCAUAUAUUGCUGUAUUCUGUGUCUGCGUUGAAGGGCAUUAAGUUUAACCCUUAAAGGACCAAUUCACCAAUUCACUUCUAAUCCCUUAAAGUUAACAUGACAGCUAACCAUGAGGCAAAACAUGUUCUGUGUUUAAUGUUAGCUUGUUCAACAGGCUAACAUCACCUGCCUUUACCUAAUGUCACCUAUAUCUGUUCAGUAUUUCUUUCACACCAACACACUACAGCAAACAGUAGCUACCUGACAAACAACAUCAAGAGAAGAUAAACCUUUAUUGAUCCCCAGCAGGAAAUUGGGUUGUUGCAGCCAUACAAAGACAGCAAUAGUACAGCUUGAUAUAUAGAGCUGAGCUAUAUAAACUAAACUAAAAUAAGAACAGAUUAUUUAGUAGAAAUAAACUAGUAUCACUACCCUGCAGUUGUAUGGCCUCAGGCACCAGUCAGGUUUCUUUUACAGUUAACAUCCAUGUCUGUAUGAACAUGGAUGCUUCACACACAUUGCCCCCCCCCCCCCCCAACAGCAGAGAAGGUCUGUACAAUCAGCACAGCACAGCACAGCACAUCACAGCACAAAUAUUUCCCCUUCUCUUCCUGGGAUACGAUGUCAAAUAAUGGCCAGAAAAAGUGUUUUAUGCAGAACAUUAUGAUGUCACAGUGAAGCUGACCUUUGACCUUUAUAACGUUAUAACGUUAUAUCGUCAUCAUUUUAUCUUAUUAGACAUUUGUGUUUUUGAGAUACUGUAUUCAUGAGAAUGAGACGGAUGCAAGGUCACAAUUACCUUGACCUUUGACCACCAACAUCUCAUGAAUACAUUUUGAGUCCAACUGAAUGUUUGUGCCAAACUUGAAGAAACUCCCUCAAGGUAGUCUUAAGAUAACACGUUCACAAAAAUAAGACAGAUGAGGACACUUAGACCUUGACCUUUGACCAUCAAAAUAGAAUCAGUUCAUCCUCAAGUCCAAGUGAACGUUUGUGCAAAAUUGUUAAAAGUAAUUCCCUCUAGGUAUUCUUAAGAUAUUGCAUUCACAAGAAUGGAAUGUACAGACAACCUGAAAACAUAACACCUCCUGCCUCAGCUAUUGCGCAGAGGCAUAAAAAAUGACUAUACGUAUGAAAUAACUAUACAAGAAUACAUGGAGACAAAAACUUCAAGUAAAAUGACAGUGGUGAUUAAUAGCAGCAGAGUCAGCAGGUCUACAGACAUGUUAACAGUGUACAUCAGACUAAUGACAUGAUUAAAGUGUUUGUAUAAAUACUGAGAUGUAAUAUAAAUAUAAUAUAGAAUAUGAUGCAGAAAUCAAAAUAUAUUAAGAGAGCAUAUCUGGUUGGGACAAAUAUUCAGAUGAAACGAGUAGCCAGUAUGGAUAAUGAAACUCUUACAAAUACGAGAAUCAUCCGAACACGUGUCAGCAUCCAUACUGGGAAAAUCCUCAUUUGGGUAUCUGUGCUCAGUCUCUUACUCUGAUCAAAAUUGAUUUGAAGCUCAGUCCUUGUGCUGUUCUGUAAAAGUUUUCAUAUCAAUUUGGCAUAAAGCAACUUCUAAUCUACCCUAAUCCAGUUAAAAUAACCUCUGAUUAUGUCCCACCUAUUUCUGGUUUUAGCCCCACCCACUUCCAAUUUAAACUCCACCCACUCUUGAGCCUGGAUAUGGAUACAGAGAAUUUACUGUGCGUUCCAAUCCCAAUACUACUAUACUAUACAGUAUGCCAGGAAAGGAUUUAGUAUGUCCCAAUAUUACCAGGGUGUUGUACUACAUCCGAUCCGAUAUUGCUGUAUUCGAGCCAGCAUGCUUGUCUAACAACAAAAGGCCAUAAGUAUAAAAUAGCGAUGACAGAGAAAUGCAUAGCCUAUGUAAUUUUACUAUAAUGAAUAUAAUAUGUUAGAAUCCUCAAUGUAUGCAGUUAUUACCUAUUGCAAAAUAACAACAGCAGAGCUUUCUUGUUUGACCUCCGUCUCUGGCGAGCUUGGUGACUGGCAUGUUGUUUUAUCCCCAUGGUAACAGCUAUAUGAGUAAGAGGGGCAAAGUUCACGGUAUAACGUUAUGAGGCAGUAGUAUGCCCUGACUGUGUGCAUACUGCAUGUUACAAUACAUAGUUUAUAAGGACAGCUGCAGUACCUAAUAGAGGUAAAAGGAAAAAGUAUGCGAUUAGGAAUGUACCCUUAAUUUCAACAGAUACACAUGGUUCCCACAGUCAUAAAAAAAGGAAAAUACCUGGAAUUUCACAAUCUAGUUUUCCAGGCCUUGCAAGUUUUUAAAAAAGUCAUGGAAUUUUGUUGAGUGUAAUGAAGUUGUUAGAGUAAUCUUCCAUUGAUAACCUUUAAUGUAAUGUAACAAAACUGAAAAAUGUAUUUUCUGUAGCUGUUGGUGUACCAAAGCUCCAGUUUCAUUGGUCAAUGCCUGACAUUUGUCUUAAACCAUCACAUAUGUUUCCUUAUUAUACCUCUGCCUUGGCAAUAGCCAUGGUCGGUGGCAUUAUGUUUUUGGGUUGUCCCUCCAUAUGUCCCAUCCUUUUGAGCACAAAAUGUCAAGAAUGCCUCAAGGGAAGUUAUUCAGAUUUCGCACAAAUGUCCACUUGGACUAAACAAUGAACUGAUUAGUAUUUGGUGAUCAAGGGUCAAAGUCAGUGUGACCUUGCAUCUGUCUCAUUCUCGUGAACACAGUAUCUCGAGAAUACCUUCAGGGAAUUUCUGCAAAUUUGACACAAACAUCCAGUUGGACUGAACUGAUUAGAGUUUGGUGGUUGAAGGUUUAAGGUCAAGGUCAGUGUGACCUCAUAAAAUAUGUUUUUGGCUAUAACUCAAGAAUUAAUAUGCUAAUUAUGGUAACGUUUCCAACAAAUGUCUGAUAGGAUAAAAUGAUGAAGUGAUGACAUUUUAAAUGCAAAAGGUCAAAGGUCAGCUUCACUGUGCCAUCAUAAUGUUCUACAUAAAACAUUUUUCUGGCCAUUAGUCAUUGUCAGAUCUCAGGAACAGAGAUACUGAACUGAUGACACUAAUCUUGGUCGUCCACCUUGAAACUGUGCUGAUUGUAUAGAUGUACUGUGCUGUUGGGGGCAAAAUGUGUGUGAAGUAUUGAUGUAUAUGAAUCUGAUAUGUUGAAGAAUGUGAGACAGUGGGGCAAGAAAAAUAAUGUUGUGACAAUAUGAAUUAACAUGUACGGGCAUGAAUCCCAAAGUUUCCAUACCUAUGCCCCCAUACUGUGUUUAAAUUGUACUGCAUUUUUGAGAUGGAACAAGUGACAUGGGCAGCCUGGGGUGUUUAAUUGUCACUUGGAGUUUGGUUUAGUUUUAACCGCUCUGAAAGUAGAGUGUGGAAGUUUAUAGUUACAUAGUUCAUUUAUUUUGAAUAAAUAAGCCAGUGGACCAACAUAACUGUCAGCUGUCACUCCCCACUCUGGGAGCUCUGCUGUUCUGUGUCUGCAGACCACAUAUAUAUUUAACAUUUGUAGUUAAGCAUACUGUUAAUUUUAUACAUUUUGAAUGGUUAUGGAAAUUUUAUAGUAUAUUCUUGAAAGGUAUUGGUAAAGUUUUGAAAUGUUGUCACUAAAAUGCGUGGAAACAUACAGAUACAGGUAAUGGUGUGCCAGCUUCAGUGGCUCCAUCUACAAGGUAGAUGGGUAGGUUACAGAGAAGAAGGUGGAAAUACUGUCCUAUAUAUUCCAGUGGCCUUGUUGCUGAUAGAUGGAUGUGCUGUAAACAGCCAGAGAAAGAGAUGGGUAUACCUGCGUAUACCCUCCACUACAUAACUGACCGGUCAUCCCUCAUAGCAUAGUAUAAUAUGAUAAAGGAUGAUGGUGUGGGAUAUGAGAAGGCCCAUACGGAAUCUGCACCUUCAGAACUCUGCAGAACACUCUGUUGAUUUUAGGAAUAUAGAUGCUGCUUGUAAAACUCAGAAUGCUGUCACUGUCUCUUCCCCCUCCUUGAGCAUAUGUCCUACAACCGAGCAUGUAAAUCAAAGCUAGUGGUGUUGUGAGAAGAAGUGUCGGAAGUAAGAUUUACUGUUAACUGAUAGUUUACAGAUUGGCAAAUGAAUUUUGGUUCUCUCUGCUCCAAACUGAACUUUCCAUUUUAAUGGCCAUGUGUCCCACAUUUGUUGAUAGACUUUUCCAACAAAUUUCUUUCUUUUUUUGUUGAAGUUUUCAUGUUAAAAUCAAAUUUCUGAUUUAAACUUUCUACUAAAAUUUACUAAGCAGUACUUUAGCCUCCUUGAGGUAGUAUUAGAUUUGAUGUAUUGUGUGAGGUUAUUUUUGUUCAGAAACAAUUAUCAUAAACGAAUACAAAAAAAAAAAAAGAAUUCCACUGACUUUCCUUUUUGAUCACCACUGAAAACUAUUUAAAAACUGCUAAAAACAGUAAUAUAACACAGGGGGGAUAGAGUAUCAAAUGUAACAGUGUAAAAACAGCAUAGAGUGGGUA